CGGGGCGUGAUCUACAUCGGGCGGUUGCCCAACGGGUUCGAGGAGAAGGAAUUGAGAAAGUAUUUCGAGCAGUUCGGCGAGAUCACCCGUCUGCGGUUGUCGAGAAACAAGAAGACCGGGAAGUCGAAGCACUACGCGUUCCUCGAGUUCAAGGAGGCCGAGGUGGCCAAGGUCGCGGCCGAGACCAUGGACAACUACCUUCUGAUGGGCCACUUGCUCAGCGUGUCCGUGUUGGACAGCGACAAGGUCCACGAGAAGCUGUUUGUAGGCGCCAACAUCAAGUUCAAGGUCGUCCCCUACGGCAAGCUCAACCAGCUCAAGCACGACAAGAAGAAGUCCAAGGCCGAGUGGGAAAAGCUCAGCAAAAACCACGCCAACAGCAUCAAGUCCAAGCAGGAGUCUCUUGCUGCCAUGGGCAUCGACUUCGACAUCAAC